UCCUACAUCCUCGACGCCCACCACUUCUUUUUGCGAAUUUUCCCAAUUCCGCAAUUUUUCCUGGUUUCCUCGUCGUGACUUCCGUUCGCACUGUCCUUUCAGUCGUCUGACCGGAUCAACUUUGCGUCUCACGAUCAACUAGUAACAGCAACAAAACAAACAACAUUUCCAUCAAUCAACUCCACAUUCUCUCCACUACUCUCCACUCCUCAAGAAGUAUCCGAGACAACAUCAAUCAAGAUGUCAAAACUCUUCAUUGGCGGCCUCGCAUGGCACACUGAUGAGAAUGCUCUUCGUCAAAAGUUCGAGGAGUUCGGUGCCGUCGAGGAAGCUGUAAGUUAUAGUCGUAUAUGCCUCUCGCAGCACGAAAUAACGCUAACCCUCGUGAUCCAGGUCGUCGUCAAGGAUCGUGACACUGGUCGCAGCCGUGGCUUUGGUUUCGUUCGCUAUACCCAGGAGGCCGAUGCUGAAGCUGCGAUCACCGCCAUGAACAACAUCGAGUUCGAUGGUCGCACCAUUCGCGUUGACAAGGCUAGUGAGCGAGGCUCUGGAGUGAUCGUCAACAGGGAGGCUAUGGCGGAGGAGAGCAGCAAAGCCAGGGCGGUGGUGGCCGAUGGCAGUAAGUGCUGAGGGCGUGAUCUUCUCUCCGACCUUGCGCGCGUUCGUACAUUUUGAGGACAAGAAAAGUUAGCUAUGGUUGCAGCGAAAGUUAAUUGUGUGGUAAGCCUUGACGUGUCAUCUCUUGAUGGCAGUCGUAGGUCAGCCUCGUGGUCU